UCGGGCGGACGGAUUGCAAUGCCCGAACACGGACGCUUGGCUGCUCUCUCGGUGUUUGUGUUCAGGCGCAGCCGCCAUAUUGGCUGCCUCCCCUCCAUCUCGCACACACACAGAUCGACCCGGAGCAUGCAGCGAGUGGGGCUGUGAAAGCGACGCCGCUGCCCCCGAAAGAAACGAGCUCGGCACCGCGAAGUACAGCACCAUGGAGGCAGUUAAGGCGUUUAACGGCGAGUUGUACACUUUGAACGAAUACAAGCCACCUAUCUCCAAAGCAAAAAUGACCCAGAUAACAAAGUCAGCUAUUAAAGCUAUAAAGUUCUACAAGCAUGUUGUGCAGAGUGUGGAGAAGUUCAUUCAGAAAUGCAAGCCGGAGUAUAAGGUUCCAGGGCUGUAUGUCAUCGACUCCAUUGUCCGACAGUCACGGCAUCAGUUUGGUCAGGAGAAGGAUGUGUUUGCUCCACGGUUCAGCAAAAAUAUCAUCAACACCUUCCAGAAUUUAUAUCGAUGCCCUGCGGAUGACAAGAGUAAGAUUGUCAGGGUGUUGAAUCUGUGGCAGAAGAACAGUGUUUUCAAGAGUGACAUUAUUCAGCCCCUGCUGGACAUGGCCGCAGGACUCCCGCCUCCCAGUGUCACCCCUGUGAUCGCCAGCACCGCAGCCCCCGUCAGCAACGCCACUCCAGGAACUCCAGUUACCCCUGCAACCCCAGCUAACAUUGUACAGAAUCUGCCCGACUCCUGGGCUUCUCAGAUAUCCAAUACAGACACAAUUGCUGCUGUGGCGCAGAUUCUGCAAAGUCCUCAGGGUCAACAGCUCCAGCAGUUGGUGCAGAGUCUGCAGAUGCAGCAGCAGAAGCCCCAGCCCUCGAUACUCCAGGCUUUGGACGCUGGACUUGUAGUCCAGCUCCAGGCCCUCACAGCACAGCUCACGGCAGCGGCCGCAGCGGCCAAUACUCUCAAUCCGCUGGAACAGAGGGUUUCAUUCAACAAGAAGCUAUUGGACCAGUUUGAUUUUGGGGAGGAGUCUGAACAUACUGAAGAAUCUAAAAAGGAAGCACCUACAUCUCAAAUCCCCAUUGUCUCAGAGUCCAUAAACACCUCCCUUUUCCAUCAGCUGGCUGAGCAGCUGCAGCAGCAGAACCUGGAGCAGCUGCAGAAACAGCUGCUGGAGCAUCAGCAGCAACAACAGAAGACUAUUUCUCUGGAGAGCCAGGAAGGCAUGUUUGGGUCAGAGAAUUCGGCAUCACCAUCCCAGGGAAGCAGUCAACAACAGCUCCAAGAGGUAGAAGCCAAACUUGAUGAUUCGAUGGAUAACCAACAGCAGGAUAUGGAUCUUGACGAAGGGCAAGACCUGGUCGAUGGUGAGAUUUUUGAACAAGAAGACAAAAGGGCUGUGAACACAAGGUCAAGAACACGAUCAAAAUCCCGGUCAAGGUCCCCAAGAAAAAGACGGUCAAGAUCCCGGUCUGGUUCACGGAAACGCAAACACCGGAAGCGAUCGCGCUCCCGAUCGCGGGAACGGAAGAGGAAGUCCUCGCGGUCCUACUCCAGCGAGCGCAGGGCUCGGGAGCGAGAGAAGGAACGACAGAAAAAAGGGCUGCCUCCCAUCCGCUCUAAAACACUAAGCGUUUGCAGUACUACUCUGUGGGUGGGACAAGUAGAUAAGAAGGCCACACAGCAAGACCUAACCAACUUGUUUGAGGAAUUUGGACAGAUUGAAUCCAUAAAUAUGAUCCCUCCCAGAGGAUGUGCGUAUAUUUGCAUGGUUCACAGACAGGAUGCGUACCGUGCCCGCCAGAAGCUCAGUACUGGUUCUUACAAAAUUGGCUCCAAAGUCAUUAAGAUUGCGUGGGCUUUGAACAAGGGGGUGAAGCAGGAGUACAAGCAGUUCUGGGAUGUAGAUCUUGGUGUUACCUACAUACCCUGGGAGAAGGUCAAGGUGGACGACCUGGAUGGCUUUGCAGAAGGAGGAAUGAUCGACCAGGACACUGUCAACAGUGAGUGGGAGGCCGCGAAGUGCGCGGAGGCGUCCAAGGAGAGCCAGGGCCAGAGUGCGAGUGUGGACCCCAGCUCUGUGGCCAGCUCGCAGCCAGACGCCUUCACGCAGCCGGUCGCCAUGCUGCCCGUUCAGAUUCCAGUGGCUCAGGGAGUUCCCGCGGUAGGGCUGGUGCCCCCAGCGUUUCCGGUCACCAUGACGAUGCCUCCUCCAGGUUUUGGGCCUCCUCCUCCGUUUCUGAGGGCUGGAUUUAAUGCUUCCCAGCCGCCCCCUGGUUACAUGCCGCCUCCUGUAGUUCCACCAACAGCUGUAGGACCUGGAAUUCCUUCAGUACAAACAUCCUUGGUACAGCCUUCGAUUUCUGCAGCCCAGGAGGGUGUGAAGGAUUCACCUUUUGGAGCCGUCAUGCCUCCGGGUAGUACCAUUCCGGGGAGCUUUGUUCCUCCUGCUAUCCCAGGAACUGGAGCUUUUAAUCCCAUUGGAGUCCAGCCACAGCAGCGAAGCAGCAGCGCAGCGGAAGAAAAAUCAGCCCAGGCGACAGAGAAGUCAAAUGCCUCAACGGAUGCGAAAACAGUGCAAGGAAUCCAAAGUGAUGUCCAGAAUGCUUCUGUUAGCCUUCUAGGCAUGCACCCUUCGAUGUCCCUGCCACACCCUCUGCAUCCUUCACACAUUCCUGGCCAAAGGAUGCCCGGAUUGUUGCCUUUAGAUAUUCGGCCCGGUAUGAUACCACCCCCUCCCGGCCCAAGGUUUUCACUCUUAAUGCAGCCUGGACUACCUCCUCAACCAAACAACAUGCCUCCCACCUCGAUGCUCGAUUCCUCUUUGCAGACGAGGCCCCGCGGCCCAUUCCCUCCGCUCGAUCACUUCAGCCGGCCCGAGGGAACUUUUGGCAGACCGGCAAACCAGACGGGCCAUAGUGUGAGCAAGUCGGAGGAUGGGAGACCCAGGGGAAACGAGAAUAUUCAGCAAGAGGGUGACCAGGAUUAUCGCUUUCCGCCUGUCGAGAAACAGAGUGCGGGCCUCCUGAGGGCUUCUGCAGAACAGCGAGAGAGUGUUAAUAGGCUCGAAGGAAGGGAUGGGGUCAGGGGUGCGCCAGCAGAGAGCAGAGAGAACCUCAGAAGGGAGCCUGGCAGUGGUUUUCGAUCCGAGAGCCGCUGGGGCCCCCCGAGGGGAGAUUUUGACGAGCGCGAGCUGCGGGGGGUGCCCGUUGGCGCCCCAAAGGGUUUUCACGACGACAGGCCAGGCUCGGGGGCGAACUUCCGCUUUGAAGGCCGGGGAGGAGCCUCUUGGAACCGCGGGUUUGAGCCCGACGUCCACCGGGAUUUUGACGACCGGCGCCGCCCCUGGGAGAGGCAGAGAGACCGGGACGAUAGGGAUUUUGACUUCCGCAGGGAAAUGAACGGCAGCCGGUUCGGGCGUGAGCGCGACCGCGAGGCCUGGGCAUCCCCUCAGCAGCAGUCGCUGAAAUUUCCCGAGGGGACAAACGAGAACCAAAAGCAGGACAAACUGCUGCGGGUGAACGGAGAGGAAACGGACCUUAAGCCCACCCCGGAGAAAGACAAGCUGGACGGCCCCGAAAAGCAUGCGUCUCCCAGGGAUGUAGACAAUGAAAAGAAUGAGCUGCAGGAUGGAGCUGAAAUACAGCCAGUGGUAGAGAAAACAGAAACUGAGGGGACAUAAUCAUCACCUAGUAGGUAAAAGAUCAUUUUGUAAAGUCAUCUCUGUAAUAGUUAAAUGGCUGACUGGACCUUUUAGUAAUUCAUUUUUUGUCUGCCACAAAACCUUAUCAAUUUGUUCAUCUUUCACAUAACAGCGUGCAACAGACUUGUAUAGAUGGCUCUUUAGACCAUGACAUGGUAGGUGAUUUUUGUUUUCUUUUUAGUUAUGAUGGAAGCCACACCCACAAUUUUAAUUAGAUGAAUUUUCAUUCUGAGCUUGCCAAAAAAUUUUUAAUGAAAAGAAAUGACCUUCCUAUGGAAGAACGUAAAGAUCCUGGCUGUUUCCAAUCGUUUGACUACGGAUGUUGUAAUACUUGAAAACAGCAGGUGCUGACCUGUUUUUGUCUGUCUGUCUUUUAAAUGCUGCUGCAGAAUUUUAAAACAAUGCCUUCGUGGUGUUUUAUGCUUUUAUCUUUUAAGUAACAUCUGCAUAACCCAAGUACAAAAAGAACAGUACUGAAUGACUUCUUGGAAGAAAAAAUUAAAAUAUGUUCUGUGUUACCCCCAAAAUAAAUGUCUGUGAUUUGUUCCUCAUAUUUCAGUGAGUUAAAUACUAUUUAUAUAAAAAGAUCCUUUGAAUGUUGGGUACAUACUGUUCUAGUUGCUAAUAAAUGUAUUUGUUCCAAAUUCUCUAGGAUUUUCUUUAUAAUUUUACCAAUACAUGCUGUGAAAUAGAAUGUUUCUGCUUUGCACGAUCUGUCCCACCAAACAUAAGGAAACACAUUUAACCCCUUGUGGAAGAGAUAUACAGUAGUAUAUAAACAGUCAUCAGUGUUGUGAUGGGCAAAUAAGUACCCAGACAGACUCAAGCAAAUGGAAUGCAUUAUGCAUUAAUACUGCUAGAUUUAGGUUUUUGCUUACAAUGUUUUUUGUACUUAUAUUGAUUUUUAAGGCAUUUACUUUGUUUAAAGUUUGCAGUUGAGCGGAUGGUUUCUUAAGUGUUUUUGUUUUGGAACCCAUGCUUUAUUUUUGGUUUCAUUAGUUUGUAGUUUUUUUUUUAGCUGAACCUGUUAGGUUUGCAGCAGUUUUCUGAAGUCAUGUUCUGUUCACCUAGCUUUUCGAUAACACCAGGCUCUACUUUGGAUGUCUGAAACUGGAUAGGCAAAGAUCUAGUCAAACGUGAACAGAACUGAGCCAUGUCGUAGGCCUUAGACUUUGCUACCAGCCAGCAUGUCUCUUGUGGGACAAAUUUUGAUGUGUUGCAACCAAAGUACUAAGUGCUGCUUUAUACUGUAAUUUGUAGAUUACAGAUUUGUAGGCUCUUUUUGUAUUUACAAACACAAGUUAAAGUAAAGUGGUUGAAUUAUGCUCUAUGUAAAAGCUGUAAACAUAUCCAGGCAGUCAAACCAUAAGAGUGGUGACAGUUCCCCCUUUCUCUAAAUAUUCACUCCUUUCCAUAAGAUGAAAAUAUUUAUGAUCCUGAGAAAUGGGAGGCAGUUGCUGAGAGUUAGACACUCAGUAUCUCAAAAGACAAAUAGGGAAAAGGGACUUAUUUAGUACCACUGGCUGAAGAAUUGAAUCUAGCAGUGUUUUCUUCUGAUAGGUCUGGCAACUAAGGAUUCUGAUUUAAGGAUUUAAGGCUACAAAUACAACAUCCAAUUCAUGCAUAUGCUCUGUAAUGGAAUUUUACUAAAAACCCUAUGGUUUUCAGUAACAAACCAGCUGUAUUUCUGGAGAUAAAUAUCAAUUCCUGCAAAAUGCAGGAGAGGAUGACAAAUACGGAGGUAACAGGAAAAGAUGCAAAUAUUAAUGUAAAAUGCGAUGAGAUAACAUAGGCAGCUUGGCUUCAGUAGUACUGUAGGUGGUGCUGUCUCACCAGACAAGAUUUUAACCUGCUGUUAAUGCCCUGCCGCAGGAAUGGGCAAAUCCCGUCACCUGGGCUGCAGAAUCCUCUCGUUUGUAAACCACCUCAUUUGACAGACGUGACUGUUUCUCAGAGCUCGAGCAGCAUUGCCUCCAGUCAUAAACCCAUUUUGAAAAAAAUGUCACCUAUUGGAUUCUGGCCCGUAAGGACGAAGGCUGCCCAUCCCUGAGAGGCAAGAUGCCCCCUGCCUCUGCCUCUUCCUGCUCUCAUCUUCUGCAUGUGUGAUGCUCCAUAACAACAAAUGUUUGCUUUUUCUUGGCUGUAAAUAGGUCGCUAAAAUGUGUAAUGUCUAGUACACGCUGAUUGUGCAAAAUGGGUGAAAAAUUAAAAAAUUAAAAAUA